CCUUUCAAAAUCAAAGCCCUAAUUUAUCAGGCAGCAACACUUCAAGGAAAGUGAAAGCUUCUGCCCAGGCGGCGCAUGGCAACUCCUCAGCAGCAAGAAGAAGACUCUGAAGAUGACUUAGACCCCAUCAAGAUCCUCCUACCAGACAACCAAAACGGAUUCUCUAAAAUACAACAUGACACACCAGCACAGGAAGUACAGCAGCAUUACAUACAUUCCAUCAAGUCAACGGUGGUAAUCAGACAACUCCCAUCACAAGGUCUCUCCUUCCAGCUCUGGCCAGCAGCUACAACUCUCUUCACUCUCCUCGACAACCACAGCACCAGCCCUUUAUCACCAAUUCUUGAUACAAUAUCCAACGGUUCUACUCAUGGGGCUCUUAAGAUUCUUGAACUGGGGUCAGGUACUGGGAUUGUAGGAAUUGCCGCAGCUGUGACGCUUGGUGCUAAGGUCACAGUCACAGACUUGCCUCACGUGAUACCCAACUUGCAAUUCAACGUGGAUGCUAACGCUGACGUGUUGGCUUCACGAGGUGGGGCUGUAAAUGUGGCAGCUCUAAGGUGGGGAGAGGAUGCUGACGUGGAGGCAGUGGGGAGGGAGUUUGAUCUUGUGUUAGCAUCCGACGUCGUCUAUUACGAUUACCUUUAUGAGCCUUUGCUUAAAACACUGCGUUUGUUGAUGCUGGGUGAGGGUAAGAAGAUGGUCUUUGUUAUGGCUCAUUUGAGGAGGUGGAAGAAGGAUUCUGUGUUUUUUAAGAGGGCCAAGAAGGUUUUUAAUGUUGAGGUUGUUCAUGUGGAUAGUCCCUGUGAAGGGUCUAGGAUUGGCGUUGCUGUUUAUCGCUUCGCCGCCAAGGCCCAAAGGUUGCCUGCUGGCUUAAAUCGCAAUUCUUUGUGAUCAAUGCCAUCUUUGUUAAACAAGGAAAUUCACGAUCUUUUGUUUUCUUGCCA